AUGCUGGCCUCCCCUACACCAGAGCCGGAACAAGAUUUCGUACCUCCUAGCCCUCUUGCAGCUGGAACCCCAGCCAAUUGCACAAGAUACCAUCAGGUUCAAUCCUACAACACCUGUGAGAACAUCCUGGCUCAGUUCUACCUUGAUAUUGAACAGUUCUAUGCCAUGAAUCCAACAAUUGGUAAGGACUGUGCUGGGCUUGCAAUGGGUACAUAUUAUUGCAUAUCAAUUUGGCCAAACGGUCGUCCGUCUCCAGUCCCUGAGGACGAAGACGAUGACGAUGACGGCCUCACUACGUCCGUUGUUUCCAGCACCAAUGUCGCUUCCGUCACAGGCACAACGGCAUCCACACCGUCACCCAUUCAGACUGGCAUGGUAUCGAACUGUAACAAAUUCUACAACGUGCAGGAUGGCGAUGGCUGCUGGGCCAUUUCUCAUGACAACAACAUCAAUCUUGAUGACUUCUAUAAGUGGAAUCCUGCUGUUGGGAAGGACUGUUCUACUUUACAGCCCAGGUUCUACGUUUGUGUCGGGACUCAAGCCAGUAAGACGUCAGUCUCAACUCACACAACGACUCAUACAACGAAAACCUCGACCUCAGGUGGCAUCCCUACACCAACACCGACGCAAACUGGUAUGGUUAAGGGCUGCAAGGCGUUCUACGAAGUACAAAAGGGCGACGGUUGUUGGGCCAUUGCGAACAACUACAAGAUCAAGCUUGACGAUUUCUAUAAGUGGAAUCCUGCUGUUAAGACUGAUUGCUCUGGACUACAGCCAAAUUACAAUGUCUGUGUUGGUGUGUAG